AUGCUGUUAAAAAUCUUUGCCCUCGUAAUGGUAGCUUGCUGCACCACUACACAUGCUUGUGAAGAUAAAAGUGCUCUUACACGCAUUAACGAUGAGUGGAAACUUGUCAUUUGGGGUAAACAAAUCACUGGCGACGACGCUGCCGAGCUAACCUAUGCCGCAAUCAUCGAUGCUGUCGGAGGUGGUGGAACAUUCACUUACACCAAACUGAAAGAUAUACUCGGUGAUCAGUAA